AGGCAGCUACCCCUCGGAUGUAGUGCUUUCACCGUGCAGACCCACACAAGAUGAAUGCAUUAAGUGCACAUGUGCUGGUCUUCUUGCUCUGUUGUGUGUCAGCCACUGCAGCCUCGACGUAUCUAAUUGAGGAGCGUGCACAAGUCUGUUUUUUCCGCUAUGUGGAGGAGGAGACGAAGCUCCAAGCAAAGGUGUUCGUUUUCAAGGGAGGGAACCUCGACAUUGGGUUUUCGGUGCGCGGGCCAUCUCAGCUCGAUGAUCGCGGGAAUGUAGUACACGGCAGAACGAAGUUAAAGCUUCGGAAAUCAGCAAAGAUAACAUCGGAAAACAUUCUUGAGGAUAAUGACGACUCGGCAGAACUAUUCUCAGGAUACGAUUAUAAGUUCGAUGCUGAGAAGGGAGAGUACGAGAUAUGCUUGUCCAACGAUAAGUCUUACGCGCAAGAGGCCAAGCACGUCAUGCUGGACAUUUCGGAGGUGGUUGAAGACGGCGCCACGAAGAAACACGCGAAAGACGACACCACGGAUUUGCAGGACGCCGGCGGAAGUCCGAAGAACAAGGAGGACCUGGCCAUCAUCACGAAAGAAAUGGACGGGUUGAGUAAGGUUUUCGAGGAAAUCAAGAGCUUCCAGGAGCUAGAACGCAUGCAGCUCACGCAACGGAAGACGGCUGCCGAAGACAACAAUGCGAGCAUGGUACAAAGCUCGGUGCUGGAAACUAUCGUGCUCCUGCUCGUUGGGAUUGGCCAGAUAAUUUUUGUGAGGAAGUGGUUCUCGGGGAAAGGGACCCUCCUCAAGCAGUGGGCGUAACAAGCGUAGUUCGCCAAAUAGAGUAGUGGAAUCAACAGUAUGGUCGAACGGGUUAUGUAUGUAUAUAUCUCAAUCCCCGCAAGGCGAUACUCGACGCGAAGGGGGGAGCAAGAUUGGAAUAUGUGCCGUUGGAUGUUCGAAGUAGUUUACAGAGCAACGGACAAAAUUCGAGGCGUUGUGUGUCCUCCGAAGUUCAGUUGAAUCAAUGCAGUUGGUGGCGAGGUCUGCCAAAAGUGAACGUAUCUUUUUGUUUGAAUGACAUGUUUGAGAUAGCUUGAGAAGUGGCGCUAUUUGGGGUGUAUGUGUGCGACCUCGGCACUGCGAGUUUUGUGCAUCGCGUAAUCACCACUCCAUCG